GACAGUGUUGGAUGGUGCAGCCUUGCUACAUGGUGUGAGAAAUGGCUGUAGGAAACAACACUCAACGAAGCUAUUCCAUCAUCCCGUGUUUUAUAUUUGUUGAGCUUGUCAUCAUGGCGGGGACAGUGCUGCUGGCCUACUACUUCGAAUGCACCAACACAUUUCAGGUGCAUAUCCAAGGAUUCUUCUGUCAGGAUGGAGACUUAAUGAAACCUUACCCGGGGACCGAGGAAGAAAGCUUUAUCACCCCCCUGGUGCUCUACUGUGUGCUGGCUGCCACCCCAACUGCUAUCAUUUUUAUUGGUGAGAUAUCCAUGUAUUUCAUAAAGUCAACCAGAGAAUCCCUGAUUGCCCAGGAGAAAACAAUUCUGACCGGAGAAUGCUGUUACCUGAACCCUUUACUUCGAAGGAUCAUCAGGUUUAUUGGGGUCUUUGCGUUUGGACUUUUUGCUACUGACAUUUUUGUCAACGCCGGGCAAGUGGUCACUGGGCACCUAACGCCGUACUUCCUGACCGUGUGCAAGCCGAACUACACCAGCGCAGACUGCCGGGCGCACCACCAGUUUGUCAACAAGGGCAACAUUUGUACUGGGGACCUGGAUGUGAUCGAGAAGGCUCGGAGGUCCUUUCCGUCCAAACACGCUGCUCUGAGCAUCUACUCUGCCUUAUACGCCACGAUGUACAUCACAAGCACAAUCAAGACGAAGAGCAGUCGACUGGCCAAGCCCGUGCUGUGCCUCGGGACCCUCUGCACAGCCUUCCUUGCAGGCCUCAACCGGGUUUCUGAAUAUCGGAACCACUGCUCCGACGUGAUCGCAGGCUUCAUACUGGGCACCGCUGUGGCCCUGUUCCUGGGAAUGUGUGUGGUCCAUAACUUUAAAGGAACGCAAGGAUCUUCUUCCAAAGCCAAAUCUGAGGAUCCCCGUGGAGUGCCCCUAAUGGCUUUCCCGAGGAUAGAAAGCCCACUGGAAACCCUAAGUGCACAGAAUCACUCCGCCUCCAUGACUGAAGUUACCUGAGGAGACUGGCGCGUCACACGCUGUUUUUAAAUCACCUUCUGAUUCGAGACUUCAAGACACACAGUUACGCAAUGGCUAACUGUGAAGACAAGUAUUAUGUUUAUCUAGUUAGAGGCUAAUGUUUUGUACAUUUUUUGUAUGAGGAAGUGAUGUAGCUUGCCUUUUUUUUAAUUUUGGUCAACUUUAAUAUAUUUAUGACAGAAUUUUAAAAUCAACAAAUUUCUCUUCUUGUUCACGUGUGCAUCGAAGAACCACAUUAAUUCAAUGGAUGUUGUUUUGUGAUCUUUGUACACAAAGCCUCCUUUUCUCAGUUUUAUAAACACAAAUAAAAUUAAUAUAACGAUUCACUUUUACCUUUUGUUACCACCCUUGCUGCCUCCCCCAGAAAUUUUUUUUUAGGGCAAUGUUGUUUAAAGGUAAAUCUCAAAAGCAACUGUGUUAAAGAAGAAACAGUAUUUUCAAAAAGAA